AUGGGGAGCAGCACAUCUACCCAACAUCAUUUUGCUUUUCAGAAUGCAGAGAAAGCCUUCAAGGCGGCGGUUCUGAUCCAGAGAUGGUACCGGCGCUAUGUGGCUCGCCUGGAGAUGAGGCGGCGAUGCACCUGGAGCAUCUUCCAGUCAAUAGAGUAUGCUGGCCAGCAGGACCAGGUCAAGCUCCAUGAUUUCUUCAGCUACCUCAUGGACCACUUCACCCCCAGCAGCCACAAUGAAGUGAGGGGCUUCCUGAACCGAAUGUUCACUGAGGAGACAUUCCCGCUGGAUGCUGAGAUGGAGAGGCACAGUGACUAUGAAUCCAUAGAAGUGCCAGACAAUUACACAGGGCCACGCCUCUCCUUCCCACUUCUUCCUGAUCAUGCAACUUCCCUGGUGGAAGCUUUCAGACUGAAACAACAGCUUCAUGCUCGUUAUGUCUUGAAUCUUUUGUAUGAGACCAAGAAACACCUGGCACAACUGCCAAACAUCAACCGGAUCUCAACCUGUUACAUCGAGGAGAUCACAGUGUGUGGAGAUUUACAUGGCCAGUUGGAUGACUUAAUAUUUAUAUUUUAUAAGAAUGGCCUCCCGUCACCAGAGCGGGCAUAUGUGUUCAAUGGUGACUUUGUGGAUCGAGGCAAGGAUUCAGUAGAGAUCCUGAUGGUUCUUUUUGCCUUCAUGUUGGUUUACCCAAAAGAGUUUCAUCUUAACAGAGGAAACCAUGAGGACCAUAUGGUGAACUUACGAUAUGGCUUUACCAAGGAAGUGAUGCAUAAAUAUAAGACACAUGGAAAGAAAAUAUUAAGAACUCUUCAAGAUGUAUUCUGUUGGCUUCCGCUGGCCACUCUGGUUGAUGAAAAAGUCCUGAUUCUUCAUGGUGGGGUGUCAGACAGGACUGACCUGGAGCUUUUGGCUAAACUAGAUAGGCACAAGAUUGUUUCUACCAUGAGGUGCAAACUGAGAAAGGAAAGUGAGAAACAGGUGGAGGAGAAGAGAAAAGCCAACCAGACCCACUCUGCACAGAAACCCAUCCCAUGGUUUCUGCCCCAAAGCCGCUCUCUCCCCUCUUCGCCUUUUCACCUCAGUUCGGUCACCAAGGCCCACAAGGCCAGCCGCUCCUCCAGCAUCCCCUGCAGCGUCCCUCUUGGCCGGAAGGAGCUGUUGAGGCAGGUGCGUCACUCUGUGGACCUGGAGCUGGAGCGGUGCCGGCAGCAAGCAGGCUUCCCAGUGAUCGGGGAGAGGGAGGAGUCCUUGCCCUUGGCGUCAGAGGGGGACCGUGACGCUGAAGAGCUGCCAGAGCCCACUCAGGAGGAGUGGAGGCAGGUGGUAGACAUCCUGUGGAGUGAUCCCAUGGCUCAGGAGGGCUGCAAGGCCAACACUAUUCGAGGAGGAGGCUGUUAUUUUGGGCCUGAUGUAACAGAACAUUUGCUACAGAAGUACAAACUGCAAUUUCUGAUCCGUUCACAUGAAUGCAAACCUGAAGGCUAUGAAUUCUGCCACAACCGCAAGGUAUUAACCAUCUUUUCUGCCUCCAACUAUUAUGAAGUUGGCAGCAACAGAGGGGCCUACGUCAAACUGGGGCCAGCACUGAGCCCCCAUAUUGUGCAAUAUCAAGCUAACAAGGCAACCCACAUGCUAACCAUGAGGCAAAGGAUUAGCAGGGUAGAGGAGUCGGCUCUGAGAGCUCUUCGGGAAAAGUUGUUUGCUCACUCCUCAGCCCUCCUUAGUGAAUUUAAGAAGUACGAUGCAGAUAAAACUGGCUUAAUCACCCUGGGUGACUGGGCGGCAGCUGUGGAGUCUGUGCUGCACCUGGGGCUGCCAUGGCGGAUGCUGAGGCCACAGCUGGUGAACAACUCAACAGAUAACAUGCUGGGAUACCAGUCCUGGUUGGAGGACUUGGCCAAAGAGCGGCUGAGCCGAGAGAACAUACAGUCAAGUUUGCUGGAAACCUUGUAUCGAAACCGAUCCAACCUGGAGACUAUUUUUAGGAUGAUAGACAGUGAUCAUUCAGGGUUCAUCUCUCUGGAUGAGUUCAGACAGACUUGGAAUCUGUUCAGCUCUCAUAUGAACAUUGACAUCACGGAUGACUGUAUCUGUGACCUUGCACGGAGCAUCGAUUUCAACAAGGAUGGCCACAUCGACAUCAACGAGUUCCUGGAGGCCUUUCGCCUUGUGGAGCAAUCCUGCUCAGACGGCAGUGCUUCAGAUUGCCCACAGUCCACAGACACUAAUGACAGUGGCCCAUGCUGA